GAGCGCGACGCCUCCCUGGAGGACGGCCUCCGGCCCCCGAAGAGGUUCAAGGGUGACCCUGCCGCUCUGAGUGACCCCCCUGCUGCCAGCAGCCUGCUCAUGGUCCUGAUCGAGGGCCUACAGCAAACCUACGGGAGCAUCGCCCUGCCCCGCCUGCGGUGCUACGCCCUGGCCAACCUGGUGGAGCUGCUGUCGGUGUUCUCCGAGCUGCAGCCAGAGGGCAGCCCCCUCCCUGCCGCAGAGUACCUGGGCAAGGUCAGCUCUGUGGUCAGCCUCUGGAGCAAGGACACUGAAAGCCAAUUCCACCACAGGGGGCUGGACGAGAAGGUGAAGGAAGCAGAAAGAAGUGUGAGCCUCUUGUCCAAGGCUAAAUUGUCUCGUGAGGAGCUCUUUGUUGGCUUGGACUUUCUUUGCAGCUUGAUGCGUGCCUGGGGAGAGGAGCUGCAGGGCACCCUGACCAGCUCUGAGGAGCUCUGCUAUGAGAGCUACCGGCUCCUGGGUACCCUUAACAGCUUUAGGAAGAGCCUGGUUUGCUUCUCGGAGACUGGAGAGCUGGGUGAGGAUGAGGCACGUGUAGUGUUAGAGCUGACACAGAUCACCAAGGACUUCCUCAAGGAGAUCGGUGCCAGCCUGAAGAGUGAGGGUUUGGACACCAGCCUUCUGUCUUCAGUUGCCAUGACAGUCAUUGACCAAAAGCUAGAGCGGCAUAUAGAGAUGUGCUCCAUUUUUGCCUCUGAAAAGACCUGGGCUUUUUCAAAGGACUGGGUUCACUGCCUUGAGAGAAACAAAUCCCUCUUUCAGAAACCAGAGCUAGUUUUGAAAUUGCUGGAGACGCUGGUGAGCUUUGCCACGUCCCGCCAAGACAAGGAGGCCCAAGAGCUGCAGAUGCAAGUGACCAAAGCCAUCGUGGAGUGUUACACCAACCUUUCAUUAACUGACAAAAACGAAGUGAUCUCAGGUGUCCUGGCGUCCUGGGGUGCACCAGGUCUGUCCCUGAACUUGCAGGUUGUCAUGGAGGGCUUCCAGGAGGAUCUCAAUGUGACUUUCAACCAGAUCACAAAGAGUGUGUCUGAUGAAGGCCUGACCAGAGCUGUGGAUUCUGUGGCCAGGCUUGUGCUGCUGUACCCCGAGGCCACGGUGAAGCAGGUUUGUAAUCUUGCUGUAGUCAACCUAGGAGUACACCAGUUCCUCGCCCAGAUCCUCUGCUCCUUCCCAGCACUGAGCUUCCUGGAGACCCACAAUGACCCAAGCAGGCCACGGGGCCUCGUGGUGAGGUGUCUGGAGGAGGCGGUGUGGGGGAAGCUUUCUUCUGUGAGGGAAGAGGAGCAGUUCCUUGAGUUCCUGGCCUUUCUCAUGCAGCCAAGUUCAGCCACCCCCCUUGUGUCCCCUGCAGAAGUGACCCAAGCCUUUGUCCUUCCCUAUUUGAAGUCAGACUCUGCUCAAAUUGAGCUGAGCCUGCAGAUCCUCAGUAAGGUUUUGAGGAUACACUCCUGCUCAGAAGAGCACUGGAUCAAAUCUUGCCACCCGUUCCCACUUCUCCUCAGCCUCUGCAAGCUUCUCGAUGGUUACACAAAGUACUGGCAUCAGCCCAGGGACCAGCUCUUCCCUUCGCUGGAGACCAAAGACCUGAUCCUGACCAUCCUCUGCCAGCUCUGUGAGGUGGUAAGGCCAGAAACCGCCCCCUCCCCUGAGCUGUGGGUCCAGUCGCUGGCUUGGCUGCACAGGAAAGUGGCGUCUCUGGACUGGACCGUUGGUCUCCGGCUGAAGAAACUCUAUGGAGACCAUUUCAAGAACGAGGUCCCGGCAACACUGUUUGAGAUCUGCACGCUUCCGGAGGACGAGUGGACGUCCCAGCCUCUGCCAGCCUACGGACCGGGCAGCGGGCUCCUGGCAUGGAUGGAGUGCUGCUGCGUGUCCACGGCGCUCAGGGAGACCAUGCUGACGCUCCUCACCGUCAACGUGGACAACCCCGAAGAGGUGAAUCUCUUCAGCAAAGGGUUCCUGGUGGCCUUCGUACAGGUCCUCCCUUGGUGCAGCCACAGCGAAUGGAAAAGGCUCGUGCCCGUGGUCGAGAACCUGCUGCAGAGGCAGAUCCUGCACGUGCCCUACACGCUGGAGUACGUGCAGUACGUGCCCCUGCUCAACCUCCGC